AUGAGUUGCGGCGGCGGUGGCGCGGGGGCGGGGGACGGCGGGCUGGCCGAGUGGCAGCGCAUCUACGACCGGGUCGAGGAGCUCGCCGCCGGCCGCGCGCGGCUGGAGGCGCGCAACAGGACCCAGCACGAGUUCUGGGACGCCCGCGACAAGAUCAACCACUCCCGCCUCCACCAGGCGGAGCUGAGCAGAAGCAGGUGGGAGGUGGCCUGCAGGAAGCUGCUCCCUUCCGAUGAUCCCAAGCUCGCCGAACUGCUUCAGAUUGAUUUGGAGGAUUCAAGAACUUGUGAAGCUCUUUUGGACACUGAAAACUCAGAACUGCUGGUACAACUGAAGGAAGAUGGAACUUGUGUAGAGCUUAAUGAAAACACUGCAGAUCAUGAGCACACUUCUGGAGAUUUAGUAUCAGAGCUAAGAAAGUUAAAGCGAACCUAUGAGACCAUAUACUGGAACAAGGAUAAGGAAGCCACUGAAGCAGUGCAAAAGCUUCAACAGAAGAUAGAGGAGCUGCAAGUGGCAGCCUGUAAGAAGGAUGAUGAGAUUGGAAUAGUGCAAGCAGAAGCUUCUACUUGUAUAAAUAAGUUAAUGGUUCUAAAGGGUAAACUAGAUGAAAUUCGAUCUUUGGAUAAGGACAUUGACAUCCAAAAGUUCAAAGUGGGGCAACAUGAGACUCUUGAACGCAAGAUUGCCUCCUUACCAAAUUAUUUGUUGAGUGACCUGCCUUACCAUACACAAUCAGUAGAGAAUGCUGACCAGAUACAAUCAAAGGAAGCUGGAAAUAUUGUAGAUAUUAUUCAAGAGAAUGUGGACCAUGGGGCUAUCGCAGGAGAUUUAAGAGCGGAGCUCAGAAAACUGAAGCAAGCUUAUGAGACCCUGAGCUCAAACAAGGAUAAGGAAAUUUCUAAAUUACUUGAAAUGAAGGAUUUUCUUUUGAACCAACUGAUGAGAAUGGACAAGGAUAAUGCAGAGCUCCUUCAGAAAAAGGAAGUGGAGGCAGCACAUGCUAACGAAGCAGCACAAAAGCUUCAGCAGAAUGUAGAGGAGCUGCAAGUGUCAGUCCGAUAUAAGGAUGAUGAGAUUGGCAGAUUGCGAGCAGAAGCGGGGGCCCUAAAGAUAAAGGAAGUGGAGGCAGCACAAGCGAACGAAGCAGCACAAAAGCUUCAGCAGAAUGUAGAGGAGCUGCAAGUGUCAGUCCGAUAUAAGGAUGAUGAGAUUGGCAGAUUGCGAGCAGAAGCGGGGCUCCUGAAGAUAAAGGAAGUGGAGGCAGCACAAGCUAACAAAGCAGUGCAAACGCUUUAG